AUGGUUUUUGGUAGGAUCACUCAACUUUUUAGUGGUGCCUCGAGUCGAGUAGGAGCGGGUACACAAUCAUCUGUUCCGUAUAUUCCUACUGGGUCAUCGCCGGAUGUAGGAACCUCAGCAUCAGAUUCAAUCAGUUUUGGGAAUGCUGGACGAAAGAAUAGUUUGAGACACUCGGCAUCACUCCAGGAUUUCUCUUCGUAUCACGGGUUUGAUCCUGAAGAAAUCAUUCUUGCUCGGGAAGCUGACUUGAGUGCUAAACGGCAAAAUAUAUCAUGGGGACAAAAUGGAGGUAGUCUUUCCAAGGAGAAGGGAGGUGUACCGAAUGGGACCAACCCAUCUAUGCGACGUAAAUGGAUCCGUGCGGUUAUGAUUAUUCUGUGCCUGCUACUGUUUGCUUUUCUGGUGUAUAUAGUCUCCAUGUAUAUUUAUACAAACUGGUCACGGGGAGCAUCAAGAUAUUAUGUUGUGUUUGACUGUGGAAGCACAGGGACUCGUGCAUAUGUCUAUCAGGCCUCCAUAAAUUACAAGAAAGAUAGUAGUCUCCCCAUUGUUAUGAAAUCUUUGACAGAAGGUAUAUCAAGAAAGAGUAGUGGCCGUGCUUAUGAUCGGAUGGAGACAGAACCUGGGUUUGAUAAGCUUGUCAAUAACAGAUCAGGCUUAAAAACCGCCAUAAAACCCCUUAUUCAGUGGGCAGAGAAGCAAAUCCCCAAGCAUGCUCAUAGGACCACAUCUCUCUUCGUUUAUGCAACAGCAGGGGUCCGGAGACUCCGUCCUGCUGAUUCAAGCUGGCUUCUAGGUAAUGUGUGGUCUAUACUGGCGAAGUCACCCUUCACUUGCCGGAGGGAGUGGGUUAAGAUCAUCAGUGGUACAGAGGAAGCCUAUUUUGGAUGGACUGCCCUUAAUUACCAAACAAGCAUGUUGGGAGCUAUACCAAAAAAGGCAACAUUUGGUGCACUUGACUUAGGUGGCUCAUCAUUGCAGGUGACCUUUGAGAAUGAAGAGCGAACACAUAAUGAGACCAAUCUAAAUCUCAGGCUUGGGUCUGUUAACCAUCAUCUUAGUGCAUAUUCUCUCGCGGGAUACGGUCUUAAUGAUGCGUUUGAAAGGUCUGUUGUUCAUCUUUUAAAGAGACUACCAAAUGUCAAUAAGUCUGAAUUGAUCGAAGGAAAACUGGAAAUGAAACAUCCUUGCUUAAAUUCGGGAUACGAAGGACAGUACACAUGUUCUCAAUGUGCUUCCCGUGUCCAACGAGGUAAAAAAGGGAAGUCAGGAGUUCCUAUCAAGCUCAUUGGUGCUCCAAACUGGGGAGAGUGCAGUGCACUGGCAAAAAAUGCUGUUAAUAGCUCUGAAUGGUCAAACACAAAGCAUGGAGUUGAUUGUGAUUUGCAGCCUUGCGCUCUUCCUGAUGGUUACCCUCGUCCUCAUGGUCAGUUCUAUGCUGUAUCCGGAUUCUUCGUGGUGUACCGGUUUUUCAAUUUAAGUGCUGAAGCUUCCCUUGAUGAUGUCUUGGAAAAGGGUAGGGAAUUUUGUGAAAAGGCUUGGCAAGCAGCGAGAACCAGUGUUUCUCCACAGCCCUUCAUUGAACAGUACUGCUUUAGAGCGCCAUACAUAGUCUCUCUGUUACGAGAAGGUUUGUAUAUCACAGAUAAGCAAAUCAUAAUUGGGUCUGGUAGUAUAACGUGGACACUUGGAGUAGCUAUUCUGGAAGCAGGGAAGGCUCUAUCUUCUACAUUGGGACUAAAGAGCUAUGAGACUCUGAGCAUGAAGAUAAACCCAAUAGCCCUUAUAGCUGUUCUGCUCGUCUCGCUGCUUCUGCUUCUCUGUGCACUAUCACGCGUCAGUAGUUGCAUGCCAAGAUUCUUUAGAAAGUCAUAUCUCCCUCUUUUUAGACACAAUAGCACCUCAGCUUCGUCUGUUCUUAACAUCCCCUCUCCCUUCAGAUUCCAGCGAUGGAGUCCUAUGAACACAGGUGUAAAGACACCACUGAGUCCAACAGUCCGAGGCUCACCGCGUAGGCCAUUUAGUUUUGGAAGCAGCACACAGCUCAUGGAAUCUUCGUUGUACUCAUCGAGCAGCUGCGUUAUGCAUAGUUAUUCUUCUGAUAGCUUAGGGGAUAUGCAAGCUGAGAGCGGUAGUUCCUUUUGGUCCUCCCCUCAUAGGAGUCAAAUGCGUCUCCAAAGCCGGAGAUCACAAUCCCGAGAAGAUCUUAGUUCCUCGCUCGCCGAUUCACACAUGCUCAAGAUGUAG